UGGACAGAUGUUUGUGAAGUAAACCUCUGAUAAAGUGAAGGCCCAGAACAAGAAAAAGAAGAAAGAAAGAAAGAAGGGCGACAACCAGGAUCAUUAUCAUGUCAGAGUCAAACGCAAUUGCAAAUGGUUUGGCUGGUGCAGGUGGUGGAAUUAUCGCUCAAAUCAUAACUUAUCCUCUUCAAGCGGUAAACACGCGCCAGCAAACUGAGAGAACACUCAAGAGGAACAAGCAAAACUUUAACACAAGUGCCACUGCUCCUGCUUCUGCUCCAGGCACUCUUUUUCAGAUAUUUCAGGUCAUUGGAAAUGAGGGCUUGGGUGGACUCUACAGUGGCCUCAAGCCUUCUCUUCUUGGAACUGCUGCUUCUCAGGGCAUUUACUACUACUUCUAUCAAGUUUUCAAGAACAAAGCGGUGGCCAUUGCUGCUGCUCGGAAAGUCAAAGGGCAUGGAGAUGGCACUGUUGGAAUGUUUGGCUGGCUUGUUGUGGCUGCAAUUGCUGGGUCCUUGAAUGUAUUGUGUACAAACCCAAUAUGGGUUCUAGUGACUCGUAUGCAGACACACACUCAAGCAGAAAGAAAAAUCAUGGAGCAAAAGAAAGAAGCAUUGAGGAGGGAUGCUUCAGAAAGCAGUUUAGCAGGUUCAACAUUAGAAGACCAAUUGGCUGAACUCAAUUCUAUAAAACCCCGACCAUAUGGAACUAUACAUGCAGCUAAUGAAGUAUAUAAUGAAGCGGGUAUUGUUGGAUUUUGGAAGGGUGUCUUCCCUGCCCUUAUUAUGGUUUGCAAUCCAUCAAUCCAGUUUAUGAUCUAUGAGAGUUCAUUAAAGCGUCUAAGAGAAAAACGUGCGGCUAAGAAGCAGGGGAGUAGUAGUGUAACCGCUUUGGAGGUCUUUUUGGUGGGAGCAAUAGCAAAACUUGGAGCGACUGUCACAACAUAUCCCUUGCUAGUUGUCAAGUUUUUUCUUUCCAUGCAGUCAAGGCUUCAAGCAAAACAGGAGAUUGGUGGAAGUAACACAUUAAGAUACACAGGUACUUUUGAUGCAAUACUUAAAAUCAUCCGUUAUGAAGGAUUUCCUGGUUUUUACAAGGGGAUGAGCACAAAGAUAGUGCAGAGUGUUUUUGCAGCUUCUGUUUUAUUCAUGAUUAAGGAGGAGCUUGUUAAGGCUUUUAUGGUGCUAACUGAUAAGAGCAAGAAAGUUGUAUUAAAUUUGGGUAGUUGACUUCUUUAACAUAUGGAAGGGAUAUCUUUCAGACUGGUUUGCCCAUCCCUAUUGGUUAUUCACAGCUUUUGGUGAGGGAUUGUUAAAGUUUUCACCAAAUAAUGGAUAAAGUUAAGGACA